AUGGGAGCCAUAGACUUAAUUUUCAUGAGUGAAGGCGGCUUUUUCAGACGUUCGAGGAAAAGCGCCCCAACGAGAAAGGUUGCACCAUCGGAAACCUUUCAGAGAGAUCGUUCGAAUUUGCGCAAUCGUGGGGAUGAGGUUUUGACUGAAAGCUCAUCCUCGCGCGAUGUUUUGGAUGAUGAAGCUGGUUCUUCCCUCCAUUUGACCCCUCGUGGUCGGCGAAGAUAUCUUAUCGAUAGGCCCAUGAGGCCUCCUAGAAUGUCAACACCGGUGCAUCGGGGUCGGUCUUUGCGUACUCCUCGUAGCUCUAAAAGAAAGUACGAGGAGACUGAUAGCUCCUUGCCUGGUCAGACGCAGAGUGCUGACCAGAAAUAUCGUCAGGAGUAUGAUCCCUACCUUGAAAUUCGCAAGGCGAGAGAACGUUUGAGCCUAUAUAAGUCGAAGGGUGAUUGUGACCCCGAUGAAUUUCUUAGCAAGGAUUCUGAUAGGGACUUGCAGCGAUAUGAAGAAAAGUUGAGACGUAGAUAUUCUGAACAGGGUGAUUUCACCGGAGAUAUUGAGUUGGAGCGGCGGCAGUCGGAACUCCUGAGACGUCAGCGUGACAUCGAUGUGGGUAAAACGACUGAGAAGUAUGCGGAGUACGUGUUGAAGAUACCUAAACCAAAACGUGAGAAGCAUCAUCCUCGUACUCCCAAUAAGUUUCGUGUGGUCUCACGUCGCGCCUGGGACGGCAUGAUUAGGAAAUGGCGAAGGGAUAUACACAAUUAUGAAAACCUCAACUCCGAUGAUACUUGGCGUUCUCUCGCGUCUGAUGUAUCAAUGUCUUCGAACUCGCGUUCUUCGUCGCCAGAACAUGUUACAAGUCCGGAUGAAAGGAGAGGGGGAAAAAAGUCGUCUACCUCGAAAGGACUUCGGCAGCUAGCUGAACUUGAAACUGAUGAAGACACUUUGCAAGGAGGAAAGAAAGUGACGCAAAGUGCUUCACUAGUUGCUGGCUUAACUGAUGAGGAAACUCUAAACGAUAGUGAUAUCAAAUGGAACCUUCGCGGACGCAAAGUUCUCGUCCCGGUGCGCGAGAACACCCCAGCACCGGACGUCAUCCACUCGGGCCUGACAAAUGACUUGGCUGUCCUUAAAGUCAAACGCGAUGAUCUAAAAACGCGCCAGAACUUCCAAAAUCAGACCAACAGAAAGCCCGCGCCGAAUGUCCAGUCGGGAAAAAGAAUUCCGUCGCGGUGGACGCUGAGAACUGUUGAGUGCUGGGUCGCUUGUCUCGUGGGCCGCCACGACCGAUCGCCUACCACCGAAUGUGAUUCAUUUCAGAAGGAGGUCUUCCAGAGCGUCUGUUGGUGUCCGCGGAUGCGUGCCGGACGUGGACGUGUGUCACGAGCCGGCAUUGGAGUUCUCGCUUUCCCACACUAUCUCAUACUGAUAUCAAUAAGGGCUGAGGCUUUGGCCAACACGCUUACGGCUCUGUCAAACUGA